AUGGAUAUUUCUGCAUUUUUUCAUACUCCUGGUCAACCAUUAGAAUGUCUUUCAAUUGCAGUUGAAUUGAGAAAAGAAAUAAUAUCAACCUCCGAUAAUGAAAUUUCUUAUAAAGUUGGUUUAAAAAUAGGUGGUGGAAUUGACCAAGAUCCUAGUUUAUCACCUUUUAAAUACCCAGAUAACGGAAUUUACAUUACAUCAAUUGAUGCUAAUGUUGCUCAGAAAUCUGGUCUUCGUCAACACGAUAAAAUAUUACAAGUUAAUGGACAUGACUUUACUAUGAUAACACAUGAAAAAGCUGUUAAAUAUAUUAAAAAAUAUCCUGUUCUUAAUAUACUUGUUGCCAGAAAUCAUAUUGGAAAUCUUGAAUCACAGUCAAAAGUAUAA